AUGACUUUCCAGUCGCCGCAAAACAAGAGUUCGCUCUCGAAAGCUAGCAUUUUUUUGUACUGUGCGUAUAUAUCAACAUGUCUGGAAGAUCGAGCAUGGUCAUUCUGUGUCUCUCUAUGUAUGGAUCUAUUGGGUGGAAUGCGAGUGGUUUCCAUUGAACAGUUAUUUGAAGGAGUUCUACAAAUGGUCCUGAGUGGAUACCUAGGAAAACAUUUUGACGGAUUAUCCAGAAAACGAGCCAUCAUGACCGUUGUACCUUUAAACAAUUUAAGUAUUUGUGCGGCAGCUGCUCUUAUUAUCACAUGUCUUUCAAUGGACACUACAUCACCAUGGUAUAUCGUAUGCUUGGUUGUUGCGAUGUGCAUGUGUGCAGUGAAUCGAUUAUUCUUGAAUUCUGAGAAAUUUAUCACUGGAAGAGAUUGGGUAAUGGUUCUUGGUAAUGACGGAACACUUUCCAGUAUGAAUGCGACUCUUUUGACGUUGGACCAGUUCACAAAUGUUAUAGCUCCAUUGGUGACUGGAGCACUUGUUACCUGGGUUGGUCUUCGCGAAACUGUUGGAAUAUUUGGAAUCGCUUCUCUUCUCUCCAUGACUUCCAAGUCUAUUUUCCUCCGAAUGAUUUAUAUCUCCAAUCCUCUUCUCCAGGUUAAAAAAGACAAAAAAGAAUAUAUCGAUCCAUUUGCCAAUUCUCGUCUCAAAGAAUCUGUUGUCUAUACCUAUUGGCGUCAAGUGUCAUUCCCAGCUGCAUUUGGAAUGUCUCUCCUUUUCAUGACAGUUAUGGGAUUCGAUGGUCUUGCAGUUGGAUAUGGAACAAGUGCAGGCCUCCCCGAAUUCGUGGUCGGGGCAUUCAGAUCCUAUGGAUCUGCGACAGCAAUCUUAGGAGCAUUCUCAUACGCUUUCUUUGAGAAGCAGUACAGUGUGGCAACAUCAGGCCUUCUAGGCCUCGGUGUUCAACAACUCUUUGCUAUCCUAGCCGUAAUAUCAGUUUUCCUUCCUGGAUCUCCAAUGAAUCUCGAUGGAUACUUUGGAAACUUCACAGUAGGAACAUGGUGGCACGAUCUGGUGCACAGCUUCAAUGGGAAUAAUGCAACUAACUUGGAUCCGCACGUGGAUUGGAAGCAUUUCAGUUCGGAUGGUGUUAGUCUGGCAAGUAUCUUUGUGUUCUUAAUCGCUAUUGCUUCUGCAAGAUAUGGACUCUGGUGUCUGGACCUGGCCAUAACUCAUAUUAUGCAAGUCACAAUUCCGGAAAGAGAACGAAAUACAGUGUUUGGAAUGCACAAUGCUCUCUGUCAAACAUUUUCAGUGCUCAAGGAUGUUCUAGUUAUCAUUCUUCCGUUACCUGCAACGUUUGCUAUUUGUAUAUUUAUUUCUUAUGGCUUUGUUACUGCUGGUCACGCAUUCUUUUUGUAUUAUUUAGUCAAAACGAAUAGUUUAUCCACUAUUGGAAGGAGACUUUCUCAAAUAGAGGAGAAAGAGGAAAAGGAGGAAUUUGCGAGGUUAUAG